AUGGAGGUCACAACAACAGACUCGGAUUCACCAUAUGAAAUAUAUUGGGAAAAUCCCGCCAUUAGUCCCCAUCAACUUAAUUCCACUAAUAUUCUCCAAUACUUUUGUCAUUUAUCAAAUCCUUUCUAUGACCGUGAAUGCAAUAAUGAAGUCAUUCGAAUGCAAGGCCUGAGUCAAGAUAAACUUACGACGUUGUGUGGAAUUGAAUUUUACUUGUAUUGCUCCCAGGAGCCCAUGCUGUUCGUGAUUCGCAAGCAAGAACGACUUUCACCGUCUGAAGUGGUCCCGCUUGCUUAUUACUAUGUGAUUAACGGGAUUGUGCGGCAGGCACCAGACCUAUCCACAUUGAUUAAUUCGCGCCUCCAUACAAUAACCGCCGGUUUGAACAAAACCUUCCAAACUCUCGCUCCAUACGCACGCUUCCAUCCCUCUGAUGGCUCCUACACAUGGGAGGAUCCCAACGCCCCAACAAUUAAGCCGGAGAAGGAGAAUGCCAAGCCUGGACACACGAAGGUCGUGGAGGACAAUAUUGCAACAAACCCCUACCAGGUUUAUCGGACGGAUUUUCUACUCAGCGAAUGGGCCAAUCGAUUUCCCAUGCCCCCUCUCCCGGUAGGAAUCGCCGGCGUGUCGGCCUUGCCCACUCCCCAGCCGACUCCACACCACAGUGCUGUAACUCCUUCUGGCCAAGCUAUCCCUCCUGAAUCGACCCCCGAGAAGCGGCAACGGUUUCCCUAA